AUGUCUGCCUUCAUCCCACCUAAGGUGGGCCUGGAUGUAAACUCCAAUGCUGGCAUACGUACACUCCCAGACCUGGUCGAUUUCCAUGGCAAACACAAUCUACAGCAUACAUUCUGCAUACAAGCAACACGAGACCAGAGCUUCGUAUCGGUGAGCUAUGGGAAGUUACAACGUGCCGUUGUGCGUUGCCAGGCCAGGCUGAAAAGGGAGGAUUCUGGUCUUCAUCCUCCCACAGCUGAUGCAGACGGACAUGUGACAAAAUGCGCCCCGGUUGCCAUAUUGACGGAGAGUCAAGUUGGCCUGGUUAUCUAUGUCCUCGCGUGCAUGGGAAUGGGCGUGCCAGUUGUGCUUCUGUCGGCACGAUUGAGUUCCUCUGCUGUGCGUCACCUCCUUCAGGAGACGGGUGCAAGGCUCGUCAUAGCCUCUUCUACAUUACAGGCUCUUGCCUCUGAAGCCAUAUCUACCCCAGAGUGGACAAACGAAGCCGAGAGACAUGGAGGUGUUACAGCGACAAUUGGUGUGGCAGCUGAGUGGGAAAAACUUCUGGAAGAAGUGGACCAUGCAGUUGAUCGCCAACCUGCAUAUGCUGCGCAUGCGACCCAUUUUGUGUCAGAGCAGGACCGUCAGGUGGUUAUUCUCCACUCAUCCGGAACAUCAGGGCUGCCAAAGCCAAUUCCCUGCUCACAUAAAUAUUUCUUGGGGUAUGCAACAUGCCACGCUUUUGCCUCAGACAGUGAAACUCACGGUCUGACAAUUUCGACGCUGCCACUAUUCCACGGAUUUGGCUUCGUCGCGAUCUGUCUCUCGUUGGGUGCCGGAAAAACCGUGUGCAUCCCUCCGCCCUCAGUGGUACCCGACGGAGCAUCAGUCGUUGCGCUCCUAGAACAGUCUGGUGCAAGAGCAUUGUUAACUGUGCCGUCCGUUUUGGAAGAAAUUGAAGGACUUCCACAAAACAAGGGACACGAAGCUCUUGCAAGACUAGAUUUUGUUGGAUUCGGCGGCGGCAUGCCAAAAGAAUCGGUCGGACAAAGACUUCAGGCAAAUGGCAUCAGACUGAUCGGCCAGUAUGGCGCUACCGAAACUGGUCCAAUGACACCGUUGCUCAUCCCCGGUAAGGAACACAACUGGCGACGACUAAGGUUGCGACGCGACACACUCGAACCGCUUCGAGUGAGACUGGAUCGUGUUGAAGCGGAACUAAAUCAAUCCGAUCAACAUGCCUUCACGUACAGGCUAAGCAUGGUGCCAUUCGGCUGGACUGAGCGCUUUGAGCUGCAAGAUCUCAUCGUAACCACAACCGAGUACCCCGCAGGGAGCGAUAUUUCACAGUUAGACUUCACCGUGGCUGGUCGUACGGACGACCUGAUUUGCCUCGCAACCGGUGAGAAAGUGAAGCCUACCAUCCUGGAGUCUCUGCUGCGACAGCACGAUGGAGUAAAGGACGCAACCGCAUUCGGGGAAGGUCAAUUCGAAAUAGGCGUCAUUAUUGAGACUGCUGAUACGCUGAGUUUGGGCGAUAUUGCCCAAUUCAAGGCGACUGUUUGGCCUGUAAUCAAGGAAGCUGGCUGGCAGAUGGAUGCUCAUGCCAAAAUCACGUCUCUGGCCGCUGUAUUAGUCGUCUCUCCCGGGGAUCUUCCGAGAUCAGACAAGGGAACCAUCUUGCGCAAGGCAGUGACGAAGAAAUACGCAGAAGAGAUAUCCGCUGUAUACCGCACUCUUGAGGUCGCCGUAGCACCAGCGCUGGACCUGUCCUCGUCACAUUCCAGCAUCAGGGCCCUCGUGGCAGAAAGCACGGGAUGGCAAGCCAAUUACGAAGACGACUUCUUUGCCCAAGGUAUGGACAGCCUACAGGCAACGAAGCUUCGCAGACUAUUAAAAGGUGCGGUGCAGGCGACACACUCUGAGUUGGGUCCCGGUGCAUGCCAUGUUCUGCCGGUUGCCAAUAUCGCUGACGACUUCGUCUACCGGCACCCGUCCAUUAACAGCAUCGCAGACGCACUUCUGUUCGGGAACGUUGCUACUAAUGUAGUAGACACCGAGUCUCAGUUUCUCGAACAACUGGUGGAAAAAUACACCAGUAGAAAAGACCACCCGAUCAUUCCUCAUUCCGCUCUCUCCCUCUUUAGCGGUUCACUCUUGGUACAACUGCUUCCUAAGUUGAUUUUAUUUUGUGCCGUGUAUUUGUUCCAUUUCAUCGCAUCUCAAUCUUCUUCAAACAUGUCAGCCCGUCGAGGAAAAAGGUCUGUUGUGGUACUUACAGGCGCCACAGGAAGUUUAGGAUCUUUCUUCUUAGCGCAGCUUCUCUCCGAUGACUCUGUCAAUCGAGUCAUCUGUCUCAACAGGUCUGGCAAAGAGGAUGCAUUGCAAGCUCAGAAAAGUGCCUUGGAUUCUCGAAAUAUCUUAGUCAACGAUGAUGCCUGGGCCAAAGUCGAGGCAUAUCAGACGGAUACAGCGAGCCAAUGGUUCGGACUGAAGAAGCACGACUACGAGAGUCUGGCGACAGAGGUGACACAUAUUGUGCAUAUUGCGUGGCCAAUGAACUUUAAGAUGGGACUGCAGUCGUAUGAUUCCUCUUUCAAAUCUCUGCAGUACCUGUUGAAGUUUGCACGUGAAGCACGCUCCCGUUGCGAUACCACGAAGCCAAGACUGUUAUUCAUAUCCUCUAUUUCCACAGUCGGCAACUAUUCACUCUUAUCUGGACAAAAGCUGGUUCCCGAAGUCAUUCCGGAUGACCCGGCUUUGACCCUCAACUUGGGCUAUGCUAAGGCGAAGCUUGUAUGUGAGAAAAUGAUUCAGCGUGCGGCAAAUAAAUAUCCUGAAAUUGAGGUUGGAGUGGUACGAGUCGGGCAGAUUGCUGGAGCAAGCAGUGGUUACUGGAACUCAAACGAACAUUUCGUCGCGGUAUGCACGUCAUCUCAGAAGAUGGGCAAGUUUCCUGAUCUACGUGGAACAUUAUCCUGGCUGCCAGUGGAUUCCGCUGCUCAGGCCCUCAGUGAGAUUCUCUUCCACAGAGACCCUCUGCAGCUGGUAUACCAUCUCGAGAAUCCGACUCGACAGAGUUGGGAACAUACAGUCACUUUAUUGUCCAAAGAAUUGCAGAUACCCAGUUCGUCCAUUGUCGCAUUGGACCAAUGGCUAGAUCAUAUUCAGUCUGCACCCGGGCCGGACAACCCUGCGGCAAGUCUGAUUCAGUUUUUGAGAAAUGACUUUCUUAAAAUGUCAUGCGGUUCUGUGAUUCUCGACACAACUUCCUCACGCAGUGUGAGUCAAACUAUGGCCCACAUGGAUCAAGUGGGAGAUGAUUAUAUACGGGCGUAUGUGAAUUACUGGAAGAGUAUCAAGCUGCUUCAGUAG